CACUGUUCAAUAACAAUAUCCACUGUCUAAUGACAAUCCACGGUAAAGGUGGAGAAAGGAAAAAGUUGAUGGCUACAUCUGUGCUGUGUCGACGGGUGCCCAGGCUACGAUGCCUCCCAGGCUUGAAAAGGGAUGCCAUGCAGGCUCAAAACCUGCAUGACAAACCAGAGGAUGACUCAGAUGAGAAGAAAGGGAUGAAAGGAGUACUGCAACACCAGGAUGGCUCUUCCCAAAGAGGAUACAGGCUUCAUUACAACCCAUCUCCAUAUCCUCGCUCUUUGUUGAACAUAGAAACCACCUGGAGCCAAGGUGAUAAUGAGGAAGAUGAACCAUGUCUGUCCACUCUUGCUCCUUCCUUCUGGCAACAGAGCAAUCGGUACAGUGUGAGUUGCUCAAGGCAUCUUUCCAGCACAAAAAACACACUACUUGACUUAGCUUUUAACAAAAGCCCUGAACCUGAGAUCCAAUCAUUGUCACAGCGCCAUAGAAAACCAAUACCGCCAGAUGUUAAAGUGGAUACACGUGCCUUUCACAAGUGCCGAGCAGAAUAUUCCUCCAUUUCCCUCGAUCUUAACCAACAGCCUAGCCCAGUUGAAUGGGAAAAGGCCCUGCAAUUGCUACAGAAAGUGACUGUUCUAAAGGGAAGUAUGAAACCAUCAGAUGUGUCAGGUUUUCUUUUGGAGCUCAGCCACUUGCACCCUGACAAGAUGUUGUUGGUGAGGAAUGACCAACGUUUCAACAUGCUCCUUCGAUACUCUGUUGAAAACCUGCGCCUCUUUACUUUGUUUCAGCUGCUGGAUGUUUUGCAGGCGUUUGUGUGGCUUGACAUGCCUUCUGCCCACACUGUGCUGGAGCUGUAUGAGGUUGAGCUGAGCCGUCGUGCUAGCCAGAUGAACUUACACCAGUUGCUGUUAGCUGCUGACUUGUGGCGCUGUAUUGGGAAACAGGUGCCCCAGUUUUUAAAGCACCUCUACGAGUCUGUCCAUUUAUAUCUGGGACAGGUAGGGACUCCUGAGCUAGUUCAACUGCUGUAUAUAAUAGGAGAAGGGAGGCAUUGCCCAAAAGACUUGAUUCAUCCUUUAGAGCGGCUUCUUAUGCGUCAUUUACAACAUUUGCUUCCAGAGGAGGUUGGCACUGUAUGCUUGGGCCUUUUUAAAUCUCAGACUUCACUGUCAGAGGUGGCAGUGACUCGCACUGUUGAUAAGGCACACUCAGUUGUGGAGGAGAUGAGUGACUUUGCUGUGGUGAAUGUGAUGAAAUUCCUGCGUUUCAGUUACCUCUUUCACAGAGCAUGGCUACAGGCCAUGGCACAAGAAGUGCCUCGGCGGGCGCCUGGAAUGGGUGUGAAGGGGUUGAUGCAUGUGGCACUGGCCUGCUCAGCACUGCAUUACCGUAAUGAUAACAUGCUUAUGGGGAUUGCCAGUAGAGUGCCCUCAGUGGUGCCACACUGCAGGAGUAAAGACUCAUCCAAGCUCCUGUGGGCCUUUGGCACUUUAGGGUUUCCCCCAGUUGAAUCUCCAAACCUCUAUCCCAGCCUCACAGAGGGACUGAGACAACGGAAAGCUGAAUUCCACCGAUACCCAGAACAUCUGCUCACUGGUCUGCUAGGCCUGGCCUUUGUCUCCAAGUUCCCAGAGGACCUCCUUGAAUUAGCCUUGAGCCCAGACUUUGUUAACUUGGCACUUAAAUCAACACAACUGGAGCUGAAAAAAGACCUGUACACUUUAGAUGGGAGUGUGGCUCUCGAGUUGCCUCAGUGGACUGGACCCCGACUAAGCCGUGAACUGAGGCAAGAGGUGGCAGAAAUGCUGUGGACAUUUGCUCAGUCAGAUGUAUGUCAGAAACCAGAAGUUCAGGAAGCAGAAUCCGCUCUAAAAGAUUUGCUCGGAGGAGAGAACUUUGUCUGUAAGAGAAUGAUUCUACCCCACACUCGUUCCAUAGAUCUAGAAGUACAUCUGGACGCUGCUGGACAGCCCAUACCUGUCAAUCAAACAUUAUGCACAGAUACAGUAUCUCCUGACAACAGUCCAUCCAAACAAGUUUCUCAUCAAGGUUGGGGACAAAUGAACAUAGGAGUAACUCUGACUGAUGAACUUUUGCUCCAGUUAACAAGUACUAAAAGGAAAAAAGAAAAGGAAGCUGUAACCGUAGCUCAGCCAAUAUCUCUUCACAGAGUAGAACCUGAUGAUGGCGAUAAACUGUUUGACACAGGUGUAGUCCUCACCCGUGACAUGACAGACCUUCUAACCAAACCCAGUAGCCAAAAUGUAGCUCCUCGGGACUCCAAACGCACAGAAAAACUGGCUGUCCAGGUUUGCAAUAGAAACCACUUCUGUUCCCAAUCACAGCAGUUACUGGGCCUUCAUGCCAUGAAGAGGAGGCAGUUGAGGUUGGCAGGAUACAGGGUUGUGGAGCUUAGCCAUCAGGAGUGGUUUCCAAUGCUCAGGAAAAGUAGAGCAGAAAAGCUAGCAUACCUGCACGGCAAGAUCUACAGUGGUCAGUAAUGAUCUACCAACUAAAACCCCCAAAAACUCCAGAAUACAUGAUGAAUAUACAGUGUAUGCAGCCAUGUUUCUGGGGAUUAAAUGUCUGCUUGAGAAUGUGCAAACAAGGGAGUAGGAUAAUUCAGUCGAGGACAUCUCUAAAUGAUGAUUAAUGUAAUCUAUUACAGUAUUGUAAGAAAGAAUCUGAAAGAUU